GCUGAUGAUGAAUUUCGUGUUGUCAAUACCACUCGGUUGAAACUAACUGCCAGGUUCGAGCAAUGGGCGACGUAUGAGUUAAUUAUCCAAGUGAAACACAUCAAAGAAAUGCGUGAAGUGAUGAAUACUUUUGUACCUCUGAUAACCUCUCCGUCUGAACAAAGACAGGAGCAACAACAACAAAAACAGCAGCAGCAGCUUGAAAAACAGCAGACAGAAACGCAACAACAACCCAAGACCCAAGUCAAAAUGAGUAACGAAAGUGAAUCAGUCCCUCAAUCUUGCAUGCUGCUUGAACAUACGUUUUCCAAUCCCACAAACGGUGGCACUGUGGCUUGUUUUCUUGAGUUGAUGAUGUUUGAGCAGGUUGUCGAUCUGAAAAUGUGCAUAAAUUUGUCGGAUAUCACAUUCUUGGGUGACAGGUGGUUCGACUCCGCUGUGGACUCGUACUACGAGAAGCACUCCAAAUCACGGUCCGGGGAGAUCGAUCAGUCCGGUACAACUGGCCGCGAUUUGAUUGCCCCACGAAACGAGCUUGGGACGCGACUUGUCAACCGGUCGUUCCUGUCACAAUUACAUAAGUCUCCCGCAUGUAUUGCCGAUACAGAUUUUUGGAUUGAAUCCGGUUUCAACAGGCGUGCGCGCUGGUUCGAUCAUCGAAUGUCGUUUGCUGGUGGCCAGAUGAUCGCCAUCCAAUGGACUCAGUCAGAGAAAGUGAUCCAACCAGAGUUUUCACUGAAAGCCUGGUACGAGCAGAUGUUGACUGAAGUCGACAGUGUGAUCAACCGGGUAGCAAAAAUUGCCCCUCGACCGAUUGGAGAUUUUUACACAGACGAACAACCUAGGGCCGAGCGUGAUCGCAUAUCCGCACCGAUUGUUGCCAAACCAACAGUUGUUGUCGAUGACAUCAAAUCAGCACUUGAACGAUACAUUACUCACGGUCGAGUCGUAGGUCGUACGUCUAAAGAGAUAAAAAUUCCACAAAACAUGAAUGCCAUCGCAUUGAUUUACCGGUUAUAUAAUCAAAAUACCUAUAGCACAUUCUUCAUUUUGUCAGCUAUAUCGGAACAAUGA